AUGGCAGCCAGACUCUCUCUUGCUUCGCGCAGUCGGCUACUGCGGACUCCACACAUACCAAGCACCCGUUCGCUCCUACCGAUCUCGCGGUCCACUCGACUUCUCCAGACCCCUGCGCUCCUUGCGCCGGCAGCAAGACUGACUCCGGUUUCUGCGAUACGCCAUUAUGCCUCCGGUCGUCCACAUCCUCCCGGCGGUACUCACCGCAUGAACAUGAGUGGCGAGGAAGAAAAGCCCGCGCUUGAGCAGUUCGGUGUUGACCUAACGGACAAAGCCAAAGCCGGAAAGCUGGACCCGGUUAUUGGAAGAGAUGCCGAGAUCCAUCGAACCAUUCAGGUCCUGUCGCGACGUACCAAGAACAAUCCUGUGCUGAUUGGCGCGGCUGGAACUGGUAAGACGGCUGUGUUGGAAGGCCUGGCCCAGCGCAUUGUACAAGGCGAUGUUCCCGAGAGCAUCAAGAACAAGCGCGUGAUUUCGUUGGACCUUGGCUCGCUGAUUGCGGGUGCCAAGUUUCGCGGUGACUUCGAGGAACGUCUCAAGAAAGUCCUGAAGGAAGUCGAAGACGCGCAUGGCGGGGUGAUUCUCUUCAUUGACGAGCUUCACACCCUACUGGGACUGGGGAAGGCUGAGGGUAGCAUUGACGCGAGCAACCUGCUGAAGCCUGCCCUGUCCAGAGGCGAUCUUCAAUGCUGCGGUGCUACGACUUUGAACGAAUACCGCUUGAUUGAAAAGGACGUUGCUCUCGCCCGUCGUUUUCAACCUAUCCUUGUUGGCGAGCCGUCUGUUGCUUCGACCAUCUCUAUCCUUCGUGGUAUCAAGAACAAAUAUGAAGUCCACCACGGUGUUAGGAUCACGGACGGUGCCCUUGUUGCCGCAGCUACCUACAGCAAUCGCUAUAUCACCGACCGGUUCCUCCCCGACAAGGCCAUCGACCUGGUGGACGAAGCUGCUUCAGCACUUCGACUGCAGCAAGAAUCCAAGCCUGAUGCUAUCCGAGAAUUGGAGCGGGACAUCACCACGAUUCAAAUCGAGCUCGAGUCUCUUCGCAAGGAAACCGACGUUAGCAGCCGUGAGCGCCGGGAGAAACUCCAAGAAGACCUGAAGGUCAAACAAGAAGAGGCUAAAAAAUUGACCGAGGUCUGGGAGAAGGAAAAGGCUGAAAUUGACGGAAUCAAGCGUACCAAGGAGGAUCUGGAACUUGCAAGGUUCCAGCUUGAGCAGGCUCAGCGCGAAGGCAACUUCGCCAAGGCUGGAGAGCUCCGAUACUCCACCAUUCCUGAACUUGAGGCCAAGUUGCCCAAGGAGGGGGCAGAGCAAGAUGGAGACAAACAAACUCUGAUCCACGACUCUGUUACCGCCGACGACAUUGGCAAUGUCGUUUCUCGAACCACCGGCAUUCCAGUCAAUAAGCUCAUGGCUGGCGAGGUUGAGAAGCUGAUUCACAUGGAGGACACUCUUCGGAAGUCUGUUCGCGGUCAAGACGAAGCUCUUUCUGCUGUUGCCGAUGCAGUGCGGAUGCAGAGAGCCGGUCUUAGUGGUGAAAACCGCCCACUGGCCUCGUUUAUGUUCCUUGGACCGACUGGUGUGGGAAAGACCGAGCUGUGCAAGAAAAUGGCCGAGUUCCUAUUUUCCAGUGAGUCUGCAGUCGUGCGAUUUGACAUGAGUGAAUUCCAGGAGAAGCAUACGAUCAGCCGUUUGAUCGGUUCCCCGGCCGGAUACGUUGGCUACGAUGAUGCCGGUCAACUUACAGAAGCAGUCAGACGGAAGCCAUAUGCCGUGCUUCUGUUCGAUGAGUUCGAGAAAGCGCAUCGCGAUAUUUCCGCUUUGCUACUCCAGGUCCUCGACGAUGGCUUCCUCACGGAUGCCCAGGGUCACAAGGUUGAUUUCAGAAAUACCUUGAUCGUCCUGACAUCGAACCUUGGAGCCGAAAUCCUGGUCGGCGCCGAUCCCCUGCAUGCCUACAAGGACGAGGGCGCUCCCGAGGUCCCGUCAGACAUCAAGCAGGCCGUCAUGGACGUUGUCCAAUCAUCGUACCCGCCUGAGUUCCUUAACCGCAUCGACGAGUUCAUCAUAUUCAGGCGACUCUCGCGGGAAGCCUUGCGCGAUAUCGUCGACAUCAGAAUCAAGGAGCUGCAAGGACGCCUUGACGACCGCCGGAUUACCUUGAAGGUGGAUGACGAGAUCAAGGAUUGGCUAUGCACGAAGGGUUACGACCCAAAGUUUGGAGCUCGUCCUCUCAACCGGUUGAUCUCCAAGGAGAUCGGAAACCGCUUGGCUGACAAGAUCAUCCGUGGCGAGAUCACGUCUGGCCAGACUGCUCGUGUGUCUCUUAAUGCUGAAAAGUCUUUAUUGGAAGUUUCUGCCGGGGAGAUUGUUGAUGAAAGUGCAUGA